AUGAUAAAGAAGGGUCGGGACGUGAAGAAGUAUUGCAUGUUUCACAGAGAUGUUGGUCAUUACACCGAAGAAUGUGUUCAGCUAAAAGAGAACAUUGAGGAUCUUAUAAGGAAGGGACGAUUAUCCCAGUAUCGUACUCAGGCAGGUCCCAGCCGACAGCAAAAUUCACAGCCUAGGCAAACCGAGUACCAAAAGCAGGGGGAACAGUCAAUGCAAGAUGAUACUUACAGGAAGAAUCAUGCGGAAACGUUCAGACAGGGAGGUAAUCCGACAGGACGUAAAAUAACAAUCGACGUUAUCACGGGAGGGCCGGUAUACGGAGGUUCCGUAAGCGGGGCCAAGAAGAGUUUGUCGGAAUACCGGCACCUAGUGAACGCUUUAAGCGUAGAGGAACGACCUCGGCCUUCUUCCAUGCUUUCGAUAUCUUUCACGGAGGAGGAUGCUAAGGGAAUAGUUUACCCUCAUGAUGAUCCGUUGGUGCUGAUACUGACGGUAAAUGGAGAAGAUAUCAAACGGACACUCGUUGACGGCGGAAGUUCCGCAAAUAUUCUAUUUUCUAGGGCUUUUGAUGCCAUGAGGAUUGGCCGAAAAUACUUGACGCCAGUGUCCUAUCCCGUGAUAGGCUUCAACGGAUCGACGGUACGACCUGAAGGUAGCAUUGUUCUUCAGGUUCGAAUGGGAGAGGGUCCGGCAGUAAGAGAUGUCAUGGCAGAGUUUUUGGUGAUUGAUGUGCCAUCCGCUUACAACGCCAUUGUCGGUAGGCCUUUAAUUCAUGACGUGCAAGCUGUGGUGUCAACGUACCACUUAACCAUGGUAUAUGUAUCCAACGCGGGAACAACAGAGCGCGUACGGGGUAGUCAGACUAUGGCAAGGGAGUGUUAUGUAUCGGCACUGAAGCAACCAGGCCGACAGCCAGCUGGUGAACGGACACCAGCCAAGCGAGAACGAAUUCCUUCCACGCAUGACUUGGCUAUGGAAAAUUUUGAUACUAGGCCGGUAACUGCUCCACGUCCUUCCCCGGGAGGCGAGACUAUCGAGAUCGAGUUGCAGCCCGGAGUGCCCAGUAGGGUAGUGCGUGUGGGAUCCAAUAUGGAUGUCGACACGCGCUGCCAUUUGGUGGAAUUGUUGCGAGAAAGUGCUGACGUAUUCGCUUUCUCGGCGGACGAGAUGCUCGGGAUACAUCCCGACGUCAUAGUGCACAAGCUCAAUGUCGACAGGAGAGCAAGACCUGUUCGACAGAAAAAAAGGAACUUUUCAACAGAAAAAAUGGAGGCUAUUCAAUCAGAGGUGAACAAAUUGCUAGCGGCCGGUUUUAUCGAACCCUGCACAUAUCCCGAAUGGUUAGCGAAUGUGGUCAUGGUAAAGAAGCCGUCAGGGAAGUGGAGAAUGUGCGUGGACUUUACGGACUUGAACAGAGCCUGUCCGAAAGAUUGCUAUCCUUUGCCGAGGAUAGAUAGAUUGGUAGAUUCAACUUUCGGUCACGCGCUACUGAGCUUCAUGGACGCUUUCUCUGGGUAUCAUCAGGUCAGUUUAUAUGAGCCGGAUCGAACCAAGGCGGCAUUCAUUACCGAUUCCGGAGUUUUUUGUUACAGGGCUAUGCCGUUUGGAUUGAGAAAUGCAGGGGCCACAUAUCAGAAACUGGUCGACAAGGUAUUUGCGAACCAGAAAGGAAGGAAUGUAGAAGUGUACGUGGACGAUUCAAUUGUGAAAAGCCGUUUGGCUACGGAUCACGUCGCUGAUUUGAGAGAAACUUUUGAAACCCUUCGUCGCUACCGGAUGAAGUUAAACCCGGAGAAAUGUGUGUUCGGUGUCCGAUCAGGAAAGUUUCUCGGUUUCAUGGUGAGCGAAAGGGGUAUAGACGCUAACCCUGAUAAGAUUGAGGCGAUUCUUAGCUUGCCAGAACCAAAGUGUAUAAAAGAUAUACAAAAGCUCACCGGUCGAAUGGCUGUGUUAACAAGAUUCAUCAGCAAGUCAGCUGAUAAAGCGCUACCAUUCUUUGUAAUUUUGCGACAAAACAAGAUGUUUGAAUGGGGGAAGGACCAAUCUAAGGCGUUCCAGGCUGUGAAAAAUCAUUUGAGGUCCUUACCCACCAUCGUAAGGCCGGAACAAGGAGAAACGUUACAGCUUUAUAUCUCGGCCUCAGCAAAGACGGUAGCAGCGGUGCUCCUAGUAGAGCGGCAAAAGAUCCAACUACCAAUUUACUUCGUGAGCCACGUUUUAAAUGCUGCCGAGAGAAGGUAUCCGGUAGUAGAGAAGAUCGCGUAUGCAGUAGUUGUGGCUGCACGAAAAUUGCGUCCUUACUUUGAUGCGCAUGCAAUUGAUAUCUUAACGAAUCAGCCGUUAGAGAAAUCUUUGCAAAAGAUGGAAACGUCUGGCUGCUUGCUUAAAUGGGCGAUUGAAUUAUCUGAAUAUGUUAUUACAUAUAAGACAAGGGUAUUAAUCAAAGCCCAGGCUUUGUCUGACUUCAUUGUCGAAACAUCAUAUUAUGAAGAAGAGGAUGAUGCCGGCACAUGGAAGGUAUCAGUUGACGGUUCAUAUGCUUCAACCGACUCAGGGGUUGGGGUAAUUAUGAUCUCUCCCCAGGGAGAUGUGUUCGAGUAUGCCGUUAAGUUCAAGUUCAAAGUCUCGAACAAUGAGGCAGAAUAUGAAGCAGCGUUAGCAAGGAUACAGCUGUGCAUAUCUGCGGAAGCAAAGCGCAUUGAGAUGACAACUGACUCUCAAUUAGUGGCAAAUCAGUUUAACGGCACUUACGAAACUCGAGAGCCAAGUAUGACGACAUAUUUGGCAAAACUCAAGAGUGUUACUUCUGGUCUAGAAUACUUGGAAAUCAAGUUGGUUCCUCGGGCAAUGAACACAAGGCAGACGCCUUGGCUAAACUCGCAAGUUCAAGCUUCAAUGACUUAG